AUGGGAAAAACUUUUGUUCCCCAUCUCUUUACUUCAAGUGCUCGGUUUCUCCUUAUUGGUCUACGGCACUGUGCGUAUACCUGUUGUAUAAUCUCGUUAUCUCUUUUUGAUUCUCACGUUUUUACACAGUUCCUUUUUAAUAACCUGGUUUCAAUCCCACCAUGCAUCUCCGGUCCGGAGGGUGGCGAACCACUCGUCGAUUCCGAAGAAGGGGAAGCUCUGCUCUUUAAUAGCACUCUGGACGAGACGGCUGUUCUCCCUACCGAUUUGGGGCAAAGUGGGUAUGAUGUGGUUCCAGAAGGCCAACAUGCUAUCGCUCAGCCUCUCAAACCUAAUCAUUAUCAUGUGGACUAA